AAUUAAGCCAAUGGCCACAGUGAAGAUGCCAGAGCCCAUCUGUCUGAUUGGCAAUGAUGAGAAUGGGUGCAUGUGUGUCAUGAGAGAGGCACUGGAUAUUCUGGAGCAGAUCACACAGCCUGUGGUGGUGGUGGCCAUAGUGGGGCUCUACCGCACUGGAAAAUCCUUCCUUAUGAACAGACUAGGCCGGAAAAAAGGAUUUGCCCUGGGAGCCACCAUAGAGUCUAAGACCAAAGGUAUCUGGAUGUGGUGUUUACCUCAUCCCACUAAAGAAGGACACACUCUAGUGCUGUUGGAUACUGAGGGAUUGGGAGAUGUAGACAAGGGUGAUGAGAAACAUGACACCUGGAUCUUCUGCUUGGCUGUUCUACUCAGUAGCACUCUGGUCUACAACAGUAUGGGGACCAUUGACAAUGAUGCCCUACAAAAGCUGCACUAUGUCACAGAACUGACCGAGCACAUCAAAGUGAAGUCGGGACUGAGAGAUGAUGAUGACCAGUCCACAGAAUUUAUGUCAUUUUUCCCAUCGUUCGUGUGGGCGGUUCGAGACUUCACUUUAAAACUGGAGCUUGAAGGUCGACCCAUCACUGCCGACCAAUACCUGGAAAAUGCUCUGAAGCUCAAGCCAGGGUCGUCAAUUAAGAGUGAGAAGUACAACCUGCCACGCCGCUGCUUACGUGAGUUCUUUUCUCCUCGCAAGUGCUUUGUUUUUGAGCGUCCAGCAAGUAAGGAGAAGAUGAGUAAGAUGGAGCAGUUGACGGAUGUAGACUUAGAGUCCAGCUUCCUGAAAGAGGUGGAGGAAUUUUGCAGCUACAUUUUUACUAAUGCUCAAGCCAAGACCAUGAGAGACGGCCUUGGACUGAUUGGCAGAAUGUUAGGGACCCUGGCAGAGACAUAUGUUGAGGCAAUCAACAGUGGGCGGGUGCCCUGUCUGGACAACGCUGUCGAGUCACUGUCACAGAUUCAGAAUAAACGUGCUGUAACCGAAGCCCUGGAGUUUUAUAGGAGUGAGAUGAGUCGAAAUGUCCAACUUCCCACAGAAACUCAGGAGGACCUGUCUGAAAUCCAUACAGAUAUACAAAGAGAGGCCAUUGAAAUCUUCAUCAAUGGGUCUUUCAAUGACGUCAGUCAGAGAUACCAGAUUGAUCUCAUGAGGACCCUGCAGAGUGUCUAUGAGGAGUACUGUAGAGAUAACGUGGAGACAUCUCGCACAAAGAGCAAGUCUGUCAUAUCUCGUGUGUUUUCCUCACUGGAGACAGAACUGAGGAAAGGGUCCUACAUGCGGCCUGGGGGCUACACAGACUACCACAAUACCCUGAAGAGAGCAACUGAGCAGUACAGAUCAGAAAAAGGCCAUGGACUCAUGAGAGAGGAGGUACUAAAAGAGUACCUGAGUGAGAAGGAGGGGACUGGGCAGAGCAUUUUGGCAGCUGACAAGUCCCUCACAGAAUCCCAGCAGGAAAUCGAAAGGGAGAGGUUGAAAUCUGAGGCAAGGGAACAGCAGCAAAGGGCUCUGGAAGAGCAGAACAGGAUCAAGGAUCAGCAAAUCAAGGAUCAACAGAGAGCCUAUGAUGAGAACAUCAAACAAAUGCUGGAGAAGUUCAAAAGACAAGAAGAGAUUGCCAAGCAGGAACAUGAACGGGUGCUGAAUGCCAAACUGAAGGAACAGAGAGACCUACUGGAGCAGGGAUUUAAAGACAGAGCUGAGAAGAUGCAGGGAGAAAUUGACAACCUGGAAGAAAAGAAGAAAAAUUGGUCAUGGUCAUCUAUUGCUGGCACAGCACUGGACACAAUAGGGACAGCUGCUAUGAUUUUUUUACCCGGAGCUGGAAAAAUAGCAGGAUUUGGCCUGUCUAUGCUCUCUAAGCUCUUUAAAUGA